AUGGGCUCCUGCAACGUAUUCAAGUACACGGACGAGUACAACGACCUCCUUGACCUCGCUGGUUAUACCGACAACUUGGUCAAGGUGACCAAAUAUAGGACGGGCCUGGACCCAAGGAUCAACCAAGCCAUCACCACCUCUGGUAACCCUCCCAGCCUCACCGACUAUGCUGAAUGGCGUGUCCGCGCGUUCCGGCAGUACAAUGCGGAACUCGCUGCCAGAGCUUCUCGAGGCCACGCAGCGCCUCCUCCCCGAGCGCCUGCUGUUGCCCCCCAUCCUUGUGCCCCGGUGCUCCCUGCUGUAGCACCAGCCCUCACUGCCCACCCGGUGCCCGCCCCCGUUGCCCAUCCAAUUCCCAUGGAGUCCAGGUCAUCUUGCCCAUGA